AUCCUCUCUGUCAAUCAACCUUUCUCUGUAUUUUACAUACAAGUAUUUAUUUUUUCUUUCUUUCUUCCUCUUUUCAACAAGAUUUCAUAUUUUUUAAAAAAUUCAUUUUUCACUAGUUUACCUGGUGUGCAAUACAGAUCUCCUUGACAUGUUGUUUACAAACCGGAAAAGUGGGUCAGAUUUCCUGCUAUGGCCAUUGAUUUCUUUGUCACUGGUCAUGUCACAGACAGUGGCGUAUAACAUCUGUGGACGUAGUUCUAAGUUGAGUAUCACCAAGUCAUUUGAAGCACACAUAGAGGCAACUUUCUCGGACCAAAACAUCAGCUUCUUAAUAAAGGAAUAUUUCCAACCGACUGGAAGUAUAGAUGCUGUUGAAUUAGGUGCUGUUAUCCAGACAAUCAAUGGUGAAAAGAUACAAGCCAUAUUCAACUACACGCACAAUGAGCUUUUCUACAUUGAAGAUGAUGCAUGCACUGUAGUAAAUACUCAUUCUAAUUUUACCAAUGCGCGUCCAGUCAAUCAAAACAGUGUGGAGAAUGUUUUUAUUUAUUCAACCAAAAGCAUACUUCUGAUGAUACAAGACACCGUAUGUAUUUCUCUACCAAAUGACACAGUAAGAGGUAUUGAAGCUGAACAUUUUCAAGGUAAUCUCUCACACAGCAAUGACCAUUUCCAAGAUGUUGUAGUAGAUAUUUACAUCUCAAGAGACCACUGGACAACGGAGAAUGAUAACACAAUGCCUGUGCCUCUCCGAAUAGAAUUCUGUGGGAAGGUGAAAUCUUCUGGUAAACCGUUUUGCCAUUAUUUUGAUUAUUUUUAUUUCAACUUCGUCCAAGUCUUCUCCUUCAAAGAACGAGAGAACGUUUUUGAGUUAUGGGUUGCUGACAGAUUCCAAAUGGUACGUCGGGAUUUCCAUCCUGUUUCUUAUACUGAUGCCAAUCAUCCAGUUACUGAAAUCUAUAAUUACCGAACUGGUACGGUGUACACCAGGGACAACCUCCUGUUAAACUGUUCCUACAAUAAACUCAAAAACGCUGACACCAACGAGGCCGACAUCUUGCAGCACAUUCUGGAUGUGAUGAAUGGCAAGGCUACUGGCAUGGUGGACACUUUGAAGAUGCUCCAGCUGGACAGUGAUAACACUUUUUAUAAUGGACAACGUACUUUGAGAAAAGUGUUGUGUGAUGUUUUUAUAUCGAAGAAGGCAAUUCAAACAAAAUCAGGAGCAAUUAAAAAUGUUACGUUUGAGUAUUAUUUCAUGACAAAUGACUGGCACUUGAUUCCUGAUAGGGGUGGGCUUGAAAAUAUCAUCACACAAAUUCCAAUGAUGCUGGAGAUUUCCUACAUCGAUAAUGUAAAGAGGAAUUUCUUCUAUAAUUUCUUUGACUUCUCCGAUGUUGUCAGUUACAAAGAUUUCGAUUCGUCUGCUUGUUACAAUCAAACCAAAGACAUAGUGUUCAAGAUUACAUAUAAAGGCCAAUAUAUACCAUCGUUAAUAAAUGCUUUUGAGAAGACAGCACACAGUCAAAUAGCUGACUAUGGUAAAGUUAGUCAUUACAGAGUGCAAAACAUGCAUUUGGAAUAUGAUGAUGAUUAUGUGUUUCUUUUUGCCAGCAUAAUUGAUCCGGCUCCCCCAGAGACUUUAUUUACACUGCAUGAAAAUAAAAUGAUAAAAUCUAAAACAAACCGGCUUCUAAUGUUCAAACACUUCACAGUGAAUUUGUGUGCAGAGGAGUGUGUUGAGUAUACUGGCUGUUAUGGAUUCGAACUGUCAGCAGAUAGUGUGUGCACUCUAACUGUUAUGAAGUUCUCCGAGGAAAAGGCUGACAGUCAGUUGCAAGAUAGCCAAGGAACCAACUUUUAUGCCACAGUUGACUAUGGUGCUAUAGUCACCUGGUUGACAAUACGGCAAAAGAAAUAUGAAUACACAUCAUACCACAUAGAACUAAUAAGAGGUGAUGUCAGUAGCAUUUCCAUACCACUAUUUGAUAACCAAGUGUAUUACCAUGAAGAAAUAACAUUGCCGGUUUACGAAGAAACUGCUUAUCAUGAAAUUUGGUUUGACAAUCUACGCAAUUUGAUGCGAAUAGAUCAGUACCUCGCCACUGUACAGCCACCCUUCUAUACCCCAGGAAUUCUGACAACUAUUCAUGAUUAUAAUACAGGGGUUGCUUACUACAUCGACAAGGACCUGAGAAACUGUACAGUUCUACCAAUUUCAAACACCAGUGUUGAUGCUGCAAUGCAAAAAGUGGGAAACACAUCUGUCGUAAGAAUGAAAACAGCACAACAAUUCUUUUUUGCUGAUCAACCAUUUAAAAGUAUUGGACAGAAAACGGUCCGAGGAGUUUUAUGUGAUGUUUACGAAACUGUCCGAAAUGAUUAUAUUGUUCCAGGAAGAAAUAUGCCAAGCGAGAGCACGUUUCGAUAUUAUGUGGCAAAUGAACAAGACUCCGAAAAAACCAGUGAAAUGGAUGAUAUCAGAAGCGAACCGAUCAUGUUGGAAAUAAUUUCAGAGAGUGUCACCUACUACGCUGUACACAGUUUCUUCGAUUUCGACGUAGCCCCGAUUCCUAUGGAUGUUUUCAAUAUAAAAGACUGUUAUGAAGUAACCAAUGACUUCAUGUUUCAGAUUGUGUUUGAAGGUAAGAAACUACAUAACCGACAAUAAUUCGCUAACACAUUA